UUCAACGGUCAAAGUUCUGUGGAUCACAAAAAAUCAGCUAUAUCAGAAUAUGAAUAGGGCUCAAUACUCAACCAAUCCUUCACUCUCGCUGUGUAUUGUUGUAGUAAAACCCUAACCCUAACCCUAAUUUAUCUCCCAGAUCUCCCUCCAUUUGGUCUUCUUUAUGGCCACCUCUGCAAUUUCUCGCUUUUCUUCGCCUUCAUUCACUAUUUCCCACAAAACCUAUGGCUAUAGGCCCUCUUUUCCUCAAACUGUUUACUUAUUGAAACCUCUAGCUGUUAAGUGUUCAACUUCUCUGGAUUACUCAAAGACCUCAGUCGCUGAUAAAUCUUCGCCGAUUGCGUCAAAGUCCAAUAAUUGGCAAUGGAAAUUCAAGGGUAACUCUAUUGAUAUCUAUUAUGAGGAACAUGAAAAGGAGAAAGGCGGGCCUACUAAGAACAUUCUUAUGAUACCAACAAUUUCUGAUGUUAGCACUGUUGAAGAAUGGAGAGUAGUGGCUAAAGAAAUCGUUCAACGUGUUGGUGAAUCCAAUUGGCGAGCCACUAUCGUUGAUUGGCCUGGUCUGGGUUACUCUGAUAGGCCGAAGCUGGACUACAAUGCUGAUGUCAUGGAGAAAUUCCUUGUUGACUUCAUGAAUGCACCUGAUAGUCCAGUAAGCAGCUCAGAGAAUGAUGUAGUGGUCUUCGGAGGAGGGCAUGCUGCGACAAUAGCAAUUCGUGCUGCGAAAAAGGGUCUGGUGAAGCCAAUUGCCAUUGCUGCUAUUGCACCCACCUGGGCAGGGCCCCUUCCUAUUGUGUUUGGUCGAGAAUCCAACAUGGAAACAAGGUAUGGUCUGCUUAGGGGAACUUUAAGGGCCCCUGCUGUGGGUUGGAUGAUGUACAAUGUGCUGGUCAGCAAUGAAAAGGCAAUCCAGUCGCAGUACAAAUCUCAUGUGUAUGCAGAUCCUGAAAAUGUGACACAGGGUAUUGUUGAUAGCAGAUACGCACUGACAAAAAGGAAGGGCGCCCGUUAUGUUCCCGCUGCUUUCUUGACCGGCCUAGUUGACCCUGUGACGUCCCGAGAAGAGUUCCUUGAGCUAUUUGCAGGGUUGGAGGGAAGGAUGCCAGUUUUAGUUAUGUCAACUGCAGGCGCUCCCAAGAGGUCAAAAGCAGAGAUGGAAGCCCUCAGGGAAGCCAAAGGGGUUAGCAAGUUUAUUGAGGUGCCGGGCGCUCUCCUCCCACAAGAAGAAUAUCCCAAUAUUGUUGCAGAAGAGCUUUAUAGGUUCUUGCAAGAGAAUUUUUAGUUCAAGUCUUUAAAACUUUUGACAUGAACUUACUGUGAAAGGGGGUAGGGGUAACUGGUUCUUAUCCCCAUAUAUAUAAAAAGAAACCCCCCAACCACCAACAGUCCACCACUCACACAGUCACACACACACACACACACACAAAAUAAUAAAGAAAGAACAAAAGGAACUGUUUCUUACCCCCAUAUAGUGGUACUGAACUCUAAUUUUCUCCUGUUAUCCAUUUGUUAUUGAGGUUUUAUGGCA